CGUAACUCGGUCAUGAUGUAACGUCAACAAAAGUGAGUUCACAAAGUGAAUAGUUUUAUUUCUACAAGUAAAGUCACUUGGAUAAGGGUGAUGAUAAGGAGACCAGCAAGACUGGGUAUAUUUGCAGCCGUAGUUUCGUUUGCUACUUGGAGAUUUCUCUCAAAACCUCAUCUUUCACUCCUAAGAAGUGGCAAAGUUCUCGGUCGGAGCAUGACUAAUAAAGUCCUUGACGAUGAGUAUUGGAGGCAGCGAUGGGUGAAUAACCAAAUAACUUUCCACAAGUCCGAAGUUAAUCCAAACCUCAUAAAAUAUAUAGCCGAGUUGACUGCCGGACAAGAGAAAUGCCGGAUCUUCGUUCCGCUGUGUGGAAAGUCAGAAGACAUGAAAUGGCUGGCUGAUCAAGGUCACACUGUUGUAGGAGUGGAGCUGUCGGCUCUGGCGAUUCAAGAUUUCUUCAAGGAGAACAAAGUGGAAUUUACCUCCAGCCCUAUGGAAGGAGUCAGUGAUGCUGAUCUGUACAAGAGUAAAGACGACAGUAUUCAUCUCUACAAAGCAAACGUCUUUGACUUGAAGAGAGAUAUUAUUGGCGAAUUUGACUGCAUUUGGGACCGUGCCUCGUUGGUUGCCUUGCUCCGUGAGGAUAUUCAAAAAUAUGCCGAUCAGAUGAGAUCGCUUCUGAAACCAAAGGGCAGAUGUCUUCUGGAACAUUUUGAAUAUGACCAAAGUAAAAUGAAUGGUCCCCCAUUUUCAACUCCAGCAGACGUAGUGAAAAAACUUUAUGCUGAAGGUUGGGAAAUCCAACCACUGCAGGUUACAGAUGGAAUGAACGACAAGUGGCGAAGCAGAGGGUUAGAUAAUAUGACUGCACAAACAACCUUGCUCAUCAAGACAUAAUUGUCGUCAGAAGAUGAAAAGUACGUAGAUGAUGACAUCAGCAGAUGAUGACAAGUCUGUCAUUAUGAGAGUAGCAGCUGCAGCUGAUUAGCUAGGAAAGAGAGUGAGUGACUGUGGCCUUCGGAUCAGAUAAAUGAAUCAAUUUGUUGAUGACAACAACACCGAUCUGAUAUGGACCUGUGAAAUUCAGCUGGAAAAUGAACUAUUGUGAGGACACGUGUUGACUGGGCGACUUUUAUACUUGAAAACAGAGCAACAAUUGGUGUGAACACAUAAGGGUAAUUCCACCGUUUAAGAAAGGAAGUGUUUUGUCCAUUACAGAGCCAUUGAACCAUGAGAUCUUAAUAUUGAUUCAGAGAAAUUAUCAAAUACUCCUAGUCUGUAAUCUCCCCAACCGUUACUAGAUGAUGGACGAGUGAGAUUUGAAAUAUACAUUUUCAGGUUUAUAAGCUCUGUCACGGACAUUACACAUUGCUGGAAUUCCCCCACCCGUCCUAUGCAGACUGCAACAUGCACCGUGAGAUUACGUUUGGAAACAAGAGGGAUUUGAAAAGGCAAUCUAGUGACAAUGCACAUAUAUGGACCGGAAACAAACGGAAGCAUUUGAAAGAAGGGAAAUCGGCUAUAUUUAUGAAUGAAUGUGAGAUGCCAUUUGGGGUAGGCCUAUUAAAAGACAGGUUUCCAAGUCUUCAAUUGUUACUUCAAUUCCAAAAUUAUUUUUUUACGAUCUUAAAUUUUUGGCUAGCUGCGAACAGAUACCGGUACGAGCCUACAUGUAUGCAAUACCGAUUUCCGUCUGUCCGGGCGUCCGUCCGUCCGUUCUGACCAUACCCCACAUGUUUUGGCUUCUUCGUUAUUUAGUUGAAAAAAGGAAAAGAAAUGCAGUUUAUCAGCUCUAAACCUGGGUGGGGUACGGGUGGGGAUUGGGUGGUGAUAGUGCGUUUAUAAUGGUGAUAAUGGUGAUGUGGUAGCCUACAUGUACAUGUAAGAAUACUUGUUAAAAUGUACAUGUAAGAAUACUUGUUAAAUUUUACAAAAAUGUAUGUGAGCAUUUAUAAUUAACCCGACACCUUGGCGCAACAUCCUGUAUCCUGAUUUUCUUCCAUCAUGCCCAUCCCCAACCCUACCUUCAGUCUCCCCUCCCGCCUUUGGGAGCGAGCCAUGGCGGCUUCGCCGUUCUAGUCAGAUUUAAGCAUGGAGGUAGAAUUAGCUACCUCCGUGAUAUAAGGAAACGCACUUGGAUUUUCCUUGUGUUAGUACCCGUGAAAUGACGUUGUUUCAUCAGUGCUCCUCAAUCGCUGAAAAGGCUUGUAGAGCAUGUAAGUCUCGCCAGUCCAUGUUCAAUUGUUGUCUGUGAGCGUCUUGGUUCUAUACACUGAUCAUGACUAGUCUAGUCACAAACUCCCACGUUUGAUUGUUAUAUAUCUGUGCGAUAUACUUGAUUGAUUGAAGGGAAGUUUAGGUAAACAAAUUAUUUUUUUUUUAAAUUAUCUUUGAUAUAUUGUAAAUUGUAAUGCUUUAUACUCUUUCGAAAUAGCCAUUUAUUGUCCUUGAUUGAAUGGACACAAUCAUGACACAAUAUAAAUGCACAAAAUAGGACGUUUAAUACAGAUGUUGUAGUUGUAGAUCCUAAACGUUGUGCCCGGGUGUGCUGUAUUCUCGUAAAAUAUCUCAGGUUUAAAAAAUGUUGAGGCAACCUCCAUUGGUUAAUACUUGCUCUGCUGCCUGGAACGUAUGUGAAAACGAACUUGUUUAGUAGAUAGCAAUACAUAUGUCGAGAGAAAAAAAGCUUAUUGAUAAAAGCGUGGACCGCAACAUGAACAAAUUAUGAGACUGUAAAAAUAUGAGAAGAAUUGCAAUUGGUCCAGACGUAUACUGUGGACUGCAACAUUAACCAAUCAAAAAGCACCCUCGUAAACUGAUUUGAUUACAUGUGUACACACGUGUUGACACCAGGAAAGCCAACUGAACAUAAUUGAAUUUAUUGGGUUUACACUUAAUUUGAUUUGACAAUCACUAUGCAGUAAAAAUUAUAAAAUUACAGUAUUUUACAUACUUGUUUAGUUUGACAAUUGAAUUGCACCUGCAGAAAGAUAUGGCAGAGCAAGACAGGAUUAUAUCAAAAUAAAUAUACAUGUUUUACAGGAAUAAAUUGAAAUUAUCUGAAAGACA